AAUUUCUCAGGAGAUGGGUUACUAGAAAGGAAGCCUGGGCAAAGGAGUGAUGCCGGAGAUGUAUUCACCUCAUGGAUCGGGAUGUCUUCCCUGUUCCACAGCUAGAAGGUAGCACAAUAAUUCAGCUGUGUGUGCUGGAGCUGAGCUUGACUUUGCCCCUGGAGGAGGUCUGACCAUUGCAGGACUUUCUAGGGCUGCCUCACGGUAGAACAUGAGCAGGUAAUGCACAAGGAGCACCACUGGGAAUCAUGUCAGACGAGUCAAUCUCAGGGAGUGAUCCGGACCUGGACCCGGACUUGGAGCAGGAGGAUAUGGAAGAGGAGGAGGAGGAAGAUGAGGAGGAGGCGAUGGAGGAGGACAACGAUGGGGAUGACGAGGAAGACUUACUUGAUGAGAAUGAGCAACCCCAGGACGCCGUGUUCAGCAGCGAGCACGCUGAGCACGCCGAGGAUGGAGAGUGGCAGCGCUCGACUUCAACUACCUCAUCUCAGAGCGAGCGGGCAGAGCGACUCUUGCAGAACCAGCACAAGAGCCUGGCCUCUGAGGACACCAAAAAGAAGAGGGCUCAGAAACCUUCUCACAUGCGGAGGAACAUAAGAAAGCUGUUGCGUGAGGACCAACUGGAAGCCGUGACGAAAGCAGCCCAGCAGGAAGAGUUGGAGAGAAGGAAACGGCUCGAGCAGCAGCGGAAGGAUUAUCCAGCUGCUAUUCCUACUGUACCCAUAGAGUUUCUUCCUGAGGACAUCGUUUUCCGAACGGCGGAGGCUGCCCAGCUGCCCCCACAGGUCCUUGCUGAGGAAGUCAUCUGCCUAGAUAGCACCAGCAGCGGCAGCGAAGAUGAUGCUAAGGGGAAAAACAGCAUUAAAGAUGAAGUGAUUGAGUUGAGUUCAGGAGAGGACGAUGCCCUCCAGAUCGUGGACAGCAGCGACUCUGGCAACGAAGGGGAGGAGGAUGGCAGUGAAGAGAGCAGUGGCUCUCAUGUGAAUGAUGCCUUAAAUCAGUCCGAUGCUCUGGGGCAAGUCAUCGUCAACAUCAACCAUCCACCAAACGAAGAGGACAUUUUCCUGGCUCCCCAGCUUGCCCACGCAGUGAAACCUCAUCAGAUUGGUGGAAUCCGAUUCCUCUAUGACAACUUGGUGGAGUCCCUGGAGAGAUUUAAAACCAGCAGCGGGUUUGGGUGUAUUUUAGCACACAGCAUGGGCCUGGGCAAGACCAUACAGGUCAUCUCUUUCUUGGAUGUACUUUUUCGGCACACAGAGGCAAAGACUGUUCUUGCCAUUGUACCUGUGAAUACGCUCCAAAACUGGCUAGCAGAAUUCAACAUGUGGCUCCCGGCACCUGAAAACCUUCCUGCUGAUUAUAACUCCAAAGAGGUCCAGCCCCGCACCUUCAAAGUCCACAUCCUGAAUGAUGAACACAAGACGACGGCCGCACGUGCAAAGGUGGUGAAUGACUGGGUGCUAGAGGGUGGUGUGCUGCUGAUGGGCUAUGAGAUGUACCGGCUCCUCUCACUGAAGAAGUCCUUUGCCGCCGGCAGGAAGAAGAAAAGCAAGAAACAAGCUGGCCCUGUCAUUAUUGACUUGGAUGAGGAGGACCGGCAGCAGGAGCUUCUGAAAGGGAUUGAAAAAGCCUUGUCUCGCCCCGGCCCAGACGUGGUCAUUUGUGACGAGGGCCACCGCAUCAAGAACUGCCACGCCAGCACGUCGCAGGCGCUGAAGAACAUCCGCUCGCGCCGCCGCGUGGUGCUCACCGGCUACCCGCUCCAGAAYAACCUCAUCGAGUACUGGUGCAUGGUGGACUUUGUCCGGCCCGACUUCCUGGGCUCGCGGCAGGAAUUCAGCAACAUGUUCGAGCGCCCCAUCCUCAACGGGCAGUGCAUUGACAGCACCCCGCAAGACGUCCGUCUCAUGAGGUACCGCAGCCACGUCCUGCAUAGCCUGCUGGAGGGCUUUGUGCAACGACGGGGCCACAACGUGCUAAAAGUUCAGCUGCCCUCGAAGGAAGARCAUGUCAUUCUGGUGCGUUUAUCGAAGAUCCAGCGGGCCCUUUACACGGAGUUCAUGAACCGGUUUCGAGAUGCGGGCAACAGCGGCUGGCUGGGGCUGAACCCUCUCAAAGCUUUCUGCGUCUGCUGUAAGAUCUGGAACCACCCAGACGUGUUGUAUGAAGCUCUUCAAAAGGAGAAUCUGGCAAAUGAGCAAGAUUUGGAUGUGGAUGACCUUGGCACAGCAAGCACCAAUUCCCGCUGCCAGCCUCAGGGAAUUAAAGUCAAAACAGAAAGUAAUGCCUUGGCAUCACCCGUUGGAGAAGCCACCAACAGCAAGUUCCUCCAGAGCGUUGGCUUCAACCCUUUCCAGGAGAGAGCGAAUCAGGUGGUUACGUAUGAGUGGGCCAAAGACAUCUUGUGUGAUUACCAGACAGGAGUCUUGGAGAACUCGCCCAAGAUGGUGUUACUGUUCCACUUAGUGGAGGAGAGCGUGAAGCUUGGAGACAAGAUCUUGGUGUUCAGCCAGAGCUUGUCCACAUUAUCUGUCAUCGAAGAGUUCUUGGCGAAGAGGCUGAUGCCGAGUCCUCCAGGCUCAGAUGGUGGGAUUCACAACUGGGUCCGAAACAUCAACUACUACAGACUGGAUGGCAGCACCUCUGCCUCGGAAAGGGAGCGCCUCAUCAACCAGUUCAACGACCCCAGCAACACAUCGGUCUGGCUCUUCCUGCUGUCCACACGUGCUGGGUGUUUGGGUGUCAACCUCAUUGGAGCCAACAGAGUGGUGGUGUUUGAUGCUUCCUGGAACCCGUGCCACGACGCCCAGGCCGUGUGCCGCGUGUACCGCUACGGGCAGAAGAAGCCCUGCCACAUCUACAGGCUGGUUUCUGAUUACACCCUCGAGAAGAAGAUCUACGACCGCCAGAUCUCCAAGCAAGGCAUGUCAGAUCGGGUGGUGGAUGAUCUGAACCCCGUGCUCAACUUUACCCGCCGGGAGGUGGAGAACCUGCUGCAUUUUGUGGAGGAGGAAUCUGACCCUGCUCAGCUCUCCCUCAAUCCAUGCAAGAUGAAGGAGUCUGUUCUACAGUUGGCCUGUCUCAAGUAUCCUCACCUCAUCACCAAGGAGCCUUUUCAGCACGAGUCCCUGCUGAUCGACCGGAAGGAGCACAAGUUGACCAAGGCAGAGAAGAAAGCAGCCAAGAAGAGCUACGAGGAGGAGAAACGAGCAUCCGUCCCCUACACCCGGCCGUCCUAUGCACAGUAUUACCCAGCCAGUGACCAGAGUCUGACGAGUAUCCCUGCCUUCAGCCAGAGGAACUGGCGACCAGCCCUGAAGGGUGAGGACAAGCCAGUGGCCAGUGUCCGCCCAGUUCAGUCCACCCCCAUUCCUAUGUUGCCCCGGCACGUCCCUCUGGGCGCUGCGGGAUCAGCCUCAAGUUCCAACCCUGCUGUCAACUUCCCCAUCAACUAUCUCCAGCGAGCUGGCGUCCUCGUGCAGAAGAUUGUCACCACCACAGAUAUUGUGAUUCCGGGUACAAACACGUCCACUGAUGUGCAGGCAAGAAUCAGUGCUGGCGAGAGCAUCCACAUCAUCCGAGGGACUAAAGGGACGUACAUCCGGACCAGCGACGGGCGCAUUUUUGCUAUCCGGACCACUGGGAAGCCAAAGGGCAACGAGGACCGUCGGACAGCUGCCUCAGGCUCCCGGAGCUCCCCGCUGGAGUCCCCGAGCAACGGCAGACACAGUGCCUCAUCGCCGGCGGCGGCCAGCGCCGAGGAGCUCGCGCGGCCCCUCUCCCCCGACAGCCCCGAGAUCCUCAGCGAGCUGCAGCAGUACGCGGAGGCGGCGGCGGCCCGCGCCUCCCGCCACGGCUCCCCCGGUGCCCGCGCCGCCCCGGCCCGCGCGGAGCCCGCGCCCGAGCAGCGCGCCGCCCUGCCCUGCGCGCCGCCCGCCGGCCCGCACGGCGACGCCCACGCCGUGCUGGACUUACGGGGCAGCAAGCGCAAGUCGACGUCGCCCUCGGCGCCCGAGGAACAGGCCCGCAGGCAGCAGAAAAAGCGCCAGUUGGCGGCGGCGGCGCAGCCCUACGAACACGGGUACCCCGGCUCUGGUGGGUUCGCCAUGCCUCCUGUCUCUCUAAACCACAACCUACCCCAUCCGUUUGCCUCCCAGCCAGGAAACUCCUUAUACGUGGGCACUGGCUCCUCUUAUUACCAGCUGCCCAACUUACUCCCAGACCCUCAUCUGGUGUUCCCUGUGACUACUGACCCUCUGCUGCCAGCCGGCACCGCCAGCUCUUCUGCUGCUACCUCAGCCACCGCCAGCGUCCCCUCCUUCAUGCUCAACCCUUCUCUGACGGGGGUGCUGCCCAAUUACUCGCUGCCCUUCACGCAGUCCCUCCUGCCCGAGCCCAGGAUGUUUGCUCCUUUCCCGGCCCCCGUCCUGCCYAGCAGCCUUCCCAGGAGCGUGGCGUCUGCCUACCCUGGCUACGCGUCCCCCCACGCGGGCUACCCGCCCGGCGGCCUCCUUCGCUCCCAGGUGCCUCAGUUUGAAGCCCAGGAGGUCCCGGAGGUGGGAUGCAGCUCCAAUGACGAGGACAAAGACGACGAUGUGAUAGAGAUCACAGGGAAAUAACAGGCUCGGCUCCUGCUCGCUCUCGGCUCCGCCGGGAGGCCAAAGUUGCAGGACCUUUUUGGGAGGCAUCCCCUCUGGGCCAAGGCAGCGGGUGGAGAAGGAUGUGAAGGGGGGUGCUGGGGAGCUCAGUUUGUUUUCCUUCGGUUCUGUUUUGUUGGGUUUUAGCUGUCGAGGGUCUGAGCUGUACGGGGGGCUGGAGCGGAGCUGCGAGGGGAGCCGGGGCAGGGAGGGGAGCAGCGACGCAGACCCUAGGAGAGCCCCGUCCCUCCCGCCCUCCCCGCCCGGCUCUGUCUGUCUGUCUGUCUCUGUUCUGUCUUGUCUGGAAAGGGGGAGGCUGGGGGCCUGRAGGCCCGGCCUCGAGCGCCUCCCCGGGAACUGCCUUAUCUGUGAAGCCGGCCCGCGCGGCCAGCGCCGGGGCCGGAGCGUUUUUACUGGGAAGGGGGCGGGAGGGYUUCUCUGUUGGGCAUGUUCGGGGUGGGGAGGGGGAUACUCGGGUUAGAGAGAGGAGGAGAAAAAAGCAAAACAGGCACGAAAACCCACGGUUGGUUCAUCAUCCUCU